AUGCUUAAAAUGUACGACACCGGCUUUCGAUUUGACACAGAAAGAGGGAUAAAUGCAGAGAAAGAGAGCGGAAUCGUACACGAGGUGAAAUGAUGCGACAAAACGCCGUUUUAUGAAUGAUUUGGGGUGUAUUCGAGCAGUUAUGGUGCCACGGACGCGUUUCGUUUCGAUCUGGGAUUGAUUUUUGUGAAUGGAGAUUUCGUCGUAGGCCACGGACAUCUGAAUCAAUUUCAUUAUCUGAUUGAUUUACUGAUCUCAGAUCUGUUUUUAUUUGAGAUUUCGCGAGAUGAAGAGAGUUAAUAGUUUCCAGAGGUUUAUGAACACCCGAGCCGCUGUGAACUGCCGUUACCAGCCCACAUGUUACGAGCACGCAGCCAACUGCUACACCCAUGCGCUGCUGAUUGUGCCGGCGUUCGUGGGCAUGGCUCUGUUACACCGGCUGUCUGAUGACCGCUGGGAGCGGUUCACGGCCUGGGUGUACGGCAUGGGUCUGAUCGCUCUGUUCCUCGUCUCCACCGUCUUUCACAUCAUUUCCUGGAAAAAGAGCCACUUGAGGACCAUGGAGCACUGCUUCCACAUGUGUGACAGAGUCGUCAUAUACUUCUUUAUCGCUGCCUCUUAUACACCAUGGCUCAAUCUCCGGGAGCUCGGGCCGCUCGCCGCUCACAUGCGCUGGUUUGUGUGGCUGAUGGCGGCCGCUGGGACCAUCUAUGUGUUCAACUACCACGAGAAGUAUAAGUUAGUGGAGCUGGCCUUCUACCUGACCAUGGGCUUCUUUCCUGCGCUGGUGGUGACAUCAAUGAGUAACACAGACGGGCUGUACGAGCUGGCGUUCGGAGGUGUGGUCUACUGCCUGGGUGUCGUCUUCUUCAAAUCAGACGGUGUGAUACCGUUCGCUCACGCCAUCUGGCACGUGUUCGUGGCUCUUGCUGCUGCCAUCCAUUACUACGCCAUCUGGAAGUACCUGUACCGCAGUUCCUCGCUGGAGGACAUCAGGGAUGCUUGAGCCUCCUCCUCCAUCACCAAAACAUCACAACACCAACGGUUACCAGUACGACCAUGCAAUGUUUACGGUUUUCUAUCCAACUGGGAUCAGUGAAGUGUGUGUGUGUGUGUGUCACAGUACUGGAUGCACAUUUACCACAGUUGCAACAAGACGGCAAUGGUUGUGUUUUUCCAUUUUCAUCAGUAUUAUGUAAAUACAUUCCACUAAAAGCAGAUGAAUUGUGAUUCUUUUUGAUAUUUAAUUAUGUUUCCGUGCAUUCAGUCUCACACACACACACACACACACACACUCAGUAGCAGUUUCUUAUCAUCUGUAGUGAAUUACUUUACUUGUGUGACUUUCUGUAUCAAAUCUGCAUUUUUGCAUCUCAACUAACUGGGUUUUUACUUCAAACGUACGGCUAGUUGUUUUCUACAAAGCGCUGGGGGUUUUCUACCCUCCUUCCCCUGAGUUUCUGCUCUUUCAGCAGGAUUUGAAAGCGUUGCACAGAGCUUUUUUUUCUAUGCGGCACUUUUCUAACAGGAAGAACCACUUCUCUUUGAUACUCCAGUUGUAGGCUGAUGGCAGAUAGAAACGAUGUUGAAUGCUUCUCUGCACAACCAGGUUUAUGGGAUGUUUUAUCUCACCGCCUCAACCACCUUAAAGACACUUUGUGAAGUUUCUGAAAGUUGGCACAAUAUUUGAUGGGUUUGUGAUUAAGAAGUGUUGGCCAAUGACAUGUGAAUGACAUCCUGGAAUAACAUCCUGUUUCUGUUGUGAUGAAUCUGACAAAAAUGGCUCAUAU